GUGCGCUGCUGCUACAGCCUGCUUGCUCUGCUGGUACUCGCAACGUGCUGGUCGAUAUACCAUGUCUUCGGGCGAUAGCAAUGGAUUGCAGCAGGUGUCGAAAAUCGUCAACUCGUUCUUCAACAAGCCAGAGACACUUGCCUUUCGAGAGCCGGUCAACCCAAAAGCGAUGGGCAUUCCGGACUACCCCCAGAUCGUCAAGAAUCCCAUGGACCUUGGCACGGUGAGGAAGAAGCUGGAAGAGGGCCGGUACGAGCGCGCGGACGACGUGGCACGAGACGUUCGCUUGAUCUGGUCCAACUGUAUCCUCUACAACUCGCCGGGAUCUGAGUUUGGCCUCCUCGCGGCGGGCCUCUCGAAAAAGUUCGAGGAGAGAUUUUCCAAGGUCAAGACCGCGGAGAAGGAGCGAGACAGAAAACCCAGCGCCAAGUCGGAGCCGGUCAACACGAAAGCACCGACCUUGGAUGAGAAGGUCCGCUUCACGUACGACCUUUACCGGACAACCAAGGUCGACGUAGGGCAGGUGAUGGAGCAGGUCGACGCACGGUGUCCACAAGCGCUCAAGUCGCCGGCAGAUGAUGAGGUGGAGCUGAACGUGGACAUGUUGGACCCCCUGACGUUUCGGGUGGUGGAACGGUUACUACGACGAUCCCUGCAAGGAAACGCUUCUGCUAUUUCCAACAACUCCGCGGGAACAACAGCAGCGUCUGCCUCCACCAGCAAGUCCAAGUCGAGCGGUGGUGGCGGUAGCGGCGGCAGCAGCGGCGGCAACAGCGGCCCAAAAAAGCGGAAAAACUCAGAUGGGGAAACGCGACCAAAAAAGCAACGCGCUUAACUACUGCGGGACAAGUCGCGCCAUGUAUUUUUGUCGUCAAUAGGAGCUUUCUCCGGGGGCGUGCCGCGUGGGGGAUAACGAGAUGCUCCACAUCCCGCCUCCUUGGUGGAGCGCGGUGUCGAUUUCGGUGAUGAAAGGAAGAUCUACCCGUUGGCUGUUGCUCGAGGGUGUGUAUGAGAUGUUCUGGUGUGCCGUCGGGUGGAGAUGUGUGCGUUGGAUUGUAGAGGACUAGAAAUCAAUCGUUCAACAGUAAUGCCAAGUGCACCCACCAGUGUCCGCACUAUUACAAGCCCGAUGUGAACACCCUUCGAGAUAGCAUGCGGGUGCAAUGCGCGCCUAUUGGGAGAAAACCCGACUGUCUCCGUUUAUGUAGACAUUUUGAAGCGGUGCAGUGUCUAUGGUCCAACGAGUACGAUACAGAUGAUAAUGGGUGUCUUCCACCUCCCUCCCGCUCUCCACGCCAUACCAAACCUCACUCAAACGUUGUUCCCGCUGUUUGUUCUACCGCUCCAAAGUUGCUGCGGUCUUUGUCGGCACAAGAAAACUCUGUAAUCGUUUCCCCCCUCAGCUGGCCUGCUGGGAGCCAACAACAUACGUUGUGUUCCACACUUUCGCCCAUCAUCGCUCACUUUGUUUUUCAUAGGGGGUCACAGGUUUCUACUACCCAUGUACCAGUCCCAGCUUCUUGGCCCUGCCCCGACAAGAUAAGACAAGACAAACACCUCCCUUCCGAGGACAAACCAUUCCAAAAUCGAUCUCGCAACGGCGGGCGGCGUGUCCCAACUCGACGCAUGCCAUAACGGCUUUUACCACUGCUUUACGAACCUCGUCGUCGUCGCAAGCACCACCACUUUUAAGCGCUUCUUCUUGAGGAAGUCGAGUUUUAUGGUCAAAAGGGCUACGGCGUGCAUGAUGAUGAAUACAGUUCCGUCGAAGAGCUCGAAGACACGCGCCAUUUACCGUUCAGGGGUAGACUAUACAACCUCGUGGCACAUUAUAUCGUCUAGUAAAAUCUAUGAUCUCUCAAGCUUGGUACACAAAUUGCUCUUCUUCAAAGAGGUAUGACGGAGUGAUUGCGCGGCAGCACGAGUUCAUCACACCAUGUGCCACUGCUGAGACUCUUGUCCAAAUUUGUAUUUCGUAUCUCAACGUCGUCGUUUCACCUCCAAAUUCGAGUCUUUGAGAGACACAAGACGGGCGAUGGGAACUGGACGUGUUUCGGUCGCCUUAAGAAAACUGCGUCAAAUUCGAUCCGCCGGUCGCUUACCACCUCACGCCAUACUAUUACCAAAAGCGACACAUUUUUCCGUCCUAAGAGAGCCUGUCAACACAAACGCCGACCGAGCUGUGAGAAGAGGACGCCCGGAUUCGCUUCCGUGGGCACACAACAAAGCCGCUCAACCACACCAUUGCCCCCCUGUCUACACGUCCGUCCCACGCCAUCUCUUUCAAAGCGAGCGUCCCGUUGUCGAGACCAGUCCCGUAAAAAAAUUGCUUCAGCAUUGGCCAUCUGCAUGUUUUUUUUUUUCUCCCAUCAUU